AUGAGGUAUAUUUCCUCGUCAUUUUCUCCCCUGACCUCCAUCCUUCUCCGCCUCACCAAUUUCAACCAUCAUUUCGCACAGCAGCAGCAACUGCAAAAACCACCCCUCCUGCUGUCUUCCCCUCUCCUCACUCCAGUGGAGCGUCUCUUGGCGCAGACAGACAAAACCAAUCCGCGCGCACAGAAACAGCAGCAGAAGCCACCAUGGCAGGGGCAAGCGCCGCCAGCUAUGUUCACAUCGCCGGUUGGGGAGAGUUCGGUGCUGGCUCGCCUGCGGGGCUUCUUACCCCAGAUGGAGCAGGAGAACCAGAAGCUGCAGCGAGCCAUAAAGGAGCAGGGCCAGCAGGCGGUGAGCAUGGAGGCCGUGGACGACUCACAGCAACACAUAGAGAUGGAUCUAUCACUGGGUCUGGUUGACUUGCGCACGGCUGAUGCCGUAGCUGCAGCAGAGAGGGCUUUGUCUGGGGCUGGACAGGGGAGCUCUGUGGGCAGAGGGGAGGGGGAGGUUGGUAGCAGCGAUUCUGACUCAGAAUUGGAAUCAGAGAGCGAAGAUUCUGAUGGUGAUGAUGGUGGGGAUGAGGGUGGUAUACGAAGGGCUGAUGCACAGGGGGGUGAUGGCCUGGGCGGUGGAGACAGGUGUGCAGCCAUGGAGGAAGAUGGGGAAGAUGGAAGUGCAGGUGGAAGUGGGGGUGGGGGAGCGGUUCUAGGCUGUGCACUUGACGGUGCUGUGGCUGGUGGGGAUUGUGGGGUGUUUCAUGUUGGAGUCGGAGGAGAGACAGGAGCUGUGUUGAAAUCCGUUGACUUCGUUGAACCCAGCACGGGCGUCAUGGUGUUCCCUCUUUUCCGCUCCACCCCACACCCCUCGCUCUCCCAUCCUCCAGCUGCUGUGAAUUCCCACGGGCAUCGUGGUGUUCCCUCUCUUCCCCUCCUUCACCUUAUCCCCCCCGCCACCCCCGCCCCACCCUCCCGUCCCCCAGCUGCUGUGAAUUCCGUUGACUUCGUUGAGCCCAGCACCGGCAUCGUGGUGUUCCGCACGUGUGAGGCAGAGAGGACGCGAGUGGCGUUCCAGAUCGGCACGGCCGAUGCUGUCCGGGCUUUAAGGGCUGCCGAAAUGGUCUGCAAUGACGUGGCAGCAAUAGACAUCAACAUGGGGUGCCCCAAGCCCUUCUCCACCAGUGGUGGCAUGGGCUCUGCUCUGCUGUCCCGCCCAGAAAACGCAUGUGAUAUCCUUUCCACCCUGCGCCGCAACCUGCCCGCCUCGAUCGCAGUCACGUGCAAGAUCCGUCUACUCGACUCGCCCCGCCGCACACUGGACUUUGCCCGGGCUGUUGAAAGCACAGGCAUCUCGGCUCUGGGCAUUCAUGCGAGUGACCCUGCAGUGGGGUCGUCACUCUCCCUCCCGGUCAUUGCCAAUGGAGACGUCUUCUCCUACAGUGAUUUCGACUCCAUUAGAGCAGCAGCAGGUGAGGGGAACAGCUGUAGCAACAUGACAAGGGCAGUCGUUGCACUCCCUGCAGUGCCGUCGUCCCUCUCCCUCCCAAUUAUUGUCAAUGGGGACGUCUUCUGCUACAGUGAUUUUGGCUCCAUACGAGCAGCAACAGGUGAGGAUGGUGGCUGUAGCAACAUGAAGACAACAGUUGCAUCACUCCCUGCAAUGACGUCGUCGCUCUCCCUCCCUGUCAUUGCCAAUGUCGACGUCGUCUUCUCCUACAGUGACUUCGACUCAAUCCGAGCAGCGACAGGUGGGAAGGGCAGCUGGCAUUAG